AUGGACAAUUUCAUGAUAAAGAAAUCUUGUCUUAAUAUCAAUGAUGACAAUGCCACUCCUAACACUAGUAGAAUUGAAGACGAUGCAGAAGAGAUAAAAAUUGUGAAAUCAACUCGAAAUGUCAAUCGCUCGUAUGACAAAGAAUACUUAAAAUUCGGAUUUACCUGGACUGGAAAUACAGAUUGUCCAACUCUUCUCUUCAUUGUAUGUGGAAAGAAACUUGCCAGUAGUGCAAUGAUGCCCACUAAAUUAAAGCGUCAUUUUUCAACUGAACAUAAAGAUCUUUCAUCAAAAAAUAAAGAAUACUUCAAAAGUCUUUGGAAAUGUAAGGUAAACAAAGAAGACAAUUUGAAAAACAAUGAAAGUAAGUGA